CUCACCUAUGCUUUGACGGAGAAGCUCCAAGCAUCUCCGCUUCUCUGCUCUGGCACGGAAAAUUGAUACUUAUGGAGGACGUAUAAAUGCGUGCGGAUGCGUUCACAACAAACCACAGACGUGGCUAGCGUCUCCGCUCCAGCACCUCCGCAGAAUCGUCCUUGAUUGGACGCUCUGCGGCGCCGUUGCCCUUUUGCGGACUGAGCGUGACGACAACCAAAGGCGGCGGCAUAAAAACGAUGAGCCCGAGGCAGAGUUGAUGCCCAGAAAUGCUACAUAUUUAAGAAGAUCUAUGGAAGAGGGGUGAAUCGCCGAAUCUCAAUCAUUCCCUCCGCAGCGGCCAAAGGUAUAGCAACGGCAACAGCAAUGACUAGUUUCAAUAUAUCUAUCAUAUCUGAUACGGUAUGCCCAUGGUGCUAUAUUGGCUACAGGCGCCUUCAAAAGGCCAUUGAAGUGUAUCAGAAGACGUACCCUGGUGGCUCCAAUGACACAUUCAACGUUGAAUGGAAGCCGUACUACCUUAACCCCGAGGCACCCACAGAAGGUGUGCCCAUACAAGAGAAGAUGGUCAGUCAGAUGGGUGCGGCGAGUGCGGAGCGGGUGCAAGCACACAUGGCCAGCCUUGCUAGUGCUGAGGGUAUUAUACUCAAGUAUGGAGGGAAAACAGGCAACACAAGGCUCUCACAUCAUUUGUUGCACUUUGCAAAGUCCAAAGGCCAGGUCAUGCAAAACGACGUCGCCCUCGAGCUCUUCCGGCUGCAAUUCAAAGAGGAGCGCGACAUAACCGACAUACAAACUCUGCUCGACGCUGCACGAAAUUGCGGUCUUGAUGUCGAAGAAGCGAAGGCGUACCUGGCUUCAAGCAGUGAUCACAAGGAGGUCGACAUGGAAGCAGCUGCCAUUCGAGAGUCCGGAGUGCAAGGGGUGCCCGUUUUUCUAUUUGAGGGAGGUGAGCAUAUCGUCGACGGCUCGGGAGACGUAAUGGAGUUCUUCGAAAUAUUCAUGAAGAUCAAAGGAGACCAGGGAUGUUCAUAAUCAGCGCUGUCGAAGCGCUGAGCAUCUGUUGUAGAAAAAGAUGCCCAUGGCGAGACUCAACGGUCGAAGAAUCACCCUGCUUGACAGAACCGUGCGAGCUCAGCAAUUGCU